CCCAUUAGGACCUAAUCAUUGGGAAUCGAUCAGGCGUUAACGCGCUUUUGCAAAUGCAAAUCUUGGAGAGGGCCAGGUCUAUAUAUGGCGGGCCAUCUCACAAUAUUCUCUGACCAUCCUCGGACAGUUUGCUGAGCUCAUGGAAGCAAACAUAUUCAAUAACUUCACUGUAGACUGGUUGGCGAAGAGCCAUCACGACACCAUCAGGAAAGAAGAACCUAUGGAUACUAUGCUAACCCACUUCAAACCCCAUGUUCCUUGCAUGGUCCAGCCUCGACCGCCAACCUCUUAUAACAAGGUCUACCUCCAGCCAAAGCCAAAGACCACAAGGUUCGAAUUCACGAAUUCCACUGAAAAACCCACAAAUCUGGAAUCCAGAUGGAGCUCACCUCUGCAUCCGUCAAGCUGCUCUUCCCCAAAUCUUUCAGAAAACAGUGAGUACUCCUCGGGGUAUGAUAGUGAGGCUGCCUCCUCGGAAUGCCCCUCCGUGGAAGAGGAGAGCGAGGAAGAGAGAGACGGAGCCCAACGACGUGUGCGUACUAGGUUCACACCGUCGCAGAUUGAAAAGAUGGAGAAGAUAUUCAACAAGCACAAAUAUCCAGAUGCUGGAAAUAGAGUCAAAACGGCACGGAAGUUAAACCUCUCUGAAACUCAGGUGAGAACUUGGUUUCAGAACAGGAGGAUGAAACAGAAACGGGAAGUCCAAGACUUCCGCGCUGAGUACCUCGCUCCCGCCCAGUCUCCGAUGAUAUUCCAGCCCAUACGCCCAUUUCAGUACCACGGCUUCGGUGGACAGCACCUAUCAUACACCGCUGCCAACCACGCGAUGUACAUGGUGCAACAGAUGGUUUCUUAUCAUCAGCACCCCCACCCAAUGAUGUCCAACGCACAUUUCUACUAAAGACUAUAGACUACAGACUGAACUUUCGACUCAAACAAUUACAAAUCCAAAGUGCAAUCCAUUUUUUUUUUAAAUCUUGGGUGGGAUGUUUGUAAAUAAUUUGUUUAAAGAUGUGCAGAGAUUAAAGUCUAUUUUAUCAUUCAAGUA